AAAGCUCUUAAAUCAUCAGCUCCAACUAAUAAACCCUAAACCCUUCCUCCACCAUUAUUACUUGGAGUUGAAGUUUCACUUUUCCAUCCAAAAAAUUGCAGAGAUGGAUUUGGACUUCGACGGUCCAAGUAAAGUCCCGAGCAGGCAAGCUCGUUUUGUUCCCAAGAAUUCCAAAUUGAAGCCCCAACCCAAAAGUGAAACACUGCCAUUGAAGGUAGAUUCAGAUAUUUCGACUAAAAAGGAAGAAUUGGUAUCACAACCCCCUCUAAGAGAUCAUAUAGCGAAAAACGGAGAGGCAACGGUUGAGGACGACGUUCCAUUGAAUGGAGAGACGACGGGAAACGACCUUGCAGAAGAACAAGUCACAAUGGAAACUGAUAGCGAUCGAGAUGAAGUUGUCCGUGAAGUUGACGUGUGGCUUACCCCUUCCGCCAAUGAGUUCUAUGUACUCCAAUAUCCGUUGAGAUCCGAAUGGCGUCCCUAUGGAUUGGAUGAAAAAUGCCAAGACGUGAGGUUGAGACCUUCAACGGCAGAAAUGGAAGUUGAUUUGGCAAUAGAUUUUGAUUCUAAGAAUUUCGACAGAGACUCUGUACAUGCAGCAACGAUAAAAAAGCAGAUUGUUUCUACAAAAUGGGUGCCAUUAUCUACUUGUGCUGACUUUGCUGUUGGGAUCCUCAUUGGUGAUAAGUUACACCUCAAUCCUGUUCAUGCAGUUGUACAGCUCCGACCAUCACUGCAGCAUCGUAAGGAAAGUGAGUUGAAGAACCUUACCACCAGCAAUGAUGAAAAAAGUUGUGAAAACGAAGACGUCAAGGAGAAAAAGCCUGUGGGUCCAUCAAAGAAGCAGAACAAACCUCCUGGGAACUACAAGGAUGUUGGAGAGCAUUGGUUACAUCUAAAAUACCAUGGGACUAGGAGUGACAUUUCAGCCAGACAUCUUCAGAAAAUGGCCAUAGAGGGAGGCUCCCCAGUACCAUUUUCAAUGAUCCCGGGUGAUUAUCUGAACGCCAUUUGUCCUGCAAGGCCAACUGACAUUGACAGAUUAAGAAAUCUUAGAACAAGGCUGUCUCAGAAACCUUUUGAAGAACGUGUUAGAACUUGGCUUCUUCAGGGACCUCCCAUUCAUCGUUUUGAUGCUCUAAAGCACCUAGCGCCAGAUAAUCCUAUUGAUGAGAUCUUGGAAGUCCUCAAAAGUUGCGCACAAUUAGUUCAAGGAUUGUGGGUUCCAAAAAGUUCAUUAGUCUAUGACACAAACAAUGGAGUUGAAGUUUUAGCGAGGAAUUUUGUUCUUUAUGAGUUUACCAAGAAUACCCUAAUUAAGAAGUCAGUGUUUGGCAGGAGGCCUGAAUUCCUUAAAGCUGCAACACCAGUUCUAAAAUCAUUAGCUGUUGAGAGGCCUGACCUGGAUGAUUGGAAGCUCAAAGAGCUUCCUGACAAGAAAUUUGAAGACCUUUAUGGUAAUGUUGUAAGAGAGCAGCAAGCUAUCUGGGAGUCCAUGGGGAAACAGAUCAAUGAUAUUAUGCAUGGAGGAAGAAACAGGCCUGCUAUGAAGAAACAGGCUUAA